UGUUAUCUCUGGUGCAGCUGCGAGAUUUUUGAUUAAUGUGAGUCAUUCAAGCAAAAGCAAAAACAGACAUUGAAAUUUACGAAUAUUACUUACAUAUAUGUAGUUUUUAAAAUUAUCCAGCCCAUGAUGUUUUCCAUAAAAAAUAUUCAGAUGUGCUUUUUCAUAGCUGCCAUCGUUUAGAAGAUACCUAUAUACAUUGAACCAGGGACGGAGUGCAAUACGAGUAUACUUGAAUUAUGCUACGGGGUGUCGUAUGUGAAUCAACAAGUUCUGAGGAAUGUGGAAAAAACACCACUCUCCACAGUAGAGAGGAUUUAAGUAAGAGCCAAAUCUCUUUUGAAGAAAGCUCAAGCAGUGGAGCGGCAGGUGGAGACGGCUGCUUAUAUCCAGACAACGUUAUCAUGGAUGAUGGAGUAUCUUUUCAAGUUAGGUACACCGGUUGUCUUGAAGUAAAGACUUCAAUGAAGUCAUUGGAUUUCCAAACUCGCACACAAGUUGCUAGAGAAAGUAUUAAUCGAGUUUGCGAAGCAGCGGGGCUUAAAUGUGCUGGAAAAAGACGAAUAGAUAAAAGAAUUCUUCAGUACAUAUCCGACAGACCGUGUUUGCAAAAUGCCGGAACUAAUGUCAUCAUCAAUGUGAGUAGCAAGGCGCUGAAUUUAGUAAAUACUGAAACUGGUGAUAUAAUUGUCAAUCAUAAUAUGCCGAGAAUAUCAUUUGCAUCGGGUGGAGAUUCUGAUACACUUGAUUUCUUGGCUUACAUUGCAAAAAACGAAGAUGAUUGGCGUGCUUGUUAUGUUUUGGAAUGUGGAGGAGGUCAAAGUGAAGACCUGAUAGUCACCAUAGGCAAAGCAUUUAUGCUUAGAUAUAAUGCUCUAAAUAAAAACACGAGCCCUUAUCCGAAUAAGAACUACAACAUCGGUAAUGCAAACGACAAAGAUUACUACAAUGAUCUACCAAACAAACUACCACCGGAUCUACUAUGUGAAAAUAAUUUGCCUCACAAAGUUACACAGCUUCAUAUUAAAAAACCUCGAAAUCGUCUUAGUAGCAAUCUUAUUGAUCUCAAUAGUCCACCCCCAGAUCAAAUUGCAAAAAUGAAUCUCUCAAGCUUUGAAACUUUAAAAGAAGAACAAUCAUCACCAGCAGUUCGAGAUGUAUUUGACAUUCAACCUUUUUCACUGUCAGCUGAAGUUCAACGUUCACAACUUAUGACAGAGUCUUGGUUUCAUGGUGGGAUAAGUCGACCAACUUCCGAAAGUCUUCUAUGCUACGAUGGUGAUUUUUUGGUUCGAGAAUCACAAGGUAAACAUGGGCAAUAUGUUCUAACUGGACUAGAAGGCAAAACACCAAAACACUUACUACUUAUCGAUCCCGAAGGAAUAGUAAGAACUAAGGAUCGAAUAUUUGACAGUAUAAGCCAUUUAAUAAAUUAUCACUGGUACAAUACAUUACCAAUAAUAUCCGAAGAGACUGAAUUGGUUUUGAAAAACCCUGUUUUAAAAAAAUUUAUUGUUAAAGAAGAUUAAAAGAUUUCUUUUCCUUGGCUUUUGA